AUGCCCAUGCCUGACCUUCCUUCGCCUGAGGUAAUUGACCCAGACACUAUCAUUCCGGAUCAUGACGAGGUCGGUUUUCCACAAGUCAUCGCUAACCUUAUCAUUGUGGAGAUCACGACACUCUCAGUACGCAGCGACACAUGGAGGAAUCCCCUUGCAGAAGGGUAUGACUUGUGUAUGCCACCGGCAAUGUAUGAUGAAGCAGCGCGACGUCCAGACUGUGACUACUGGCUCGCGGCCAUGCGGAAGGAGAUGAAUCUGAUGUUGGAGAUGAACGUGUACGAGCUCGUACCUUUGCCCAUGAACCGAUGA